CGUAUUCCCACCACAAAAGCAUCGGUUUGGAUCUUAACCGUACCAACAAGUGGUUUGCUGUUUGAAGUGACGUCCCAGAAGUAAACAAAUCUUGGCUGUCUAUCAACCCUCUGGAUAACUCCCCUUGUUUGGAAGAACUGCAGGCCGGAAGAUGGGAUACUCUAACCGACACCGAACUUUUCUGCAAGCAAUAUCGAACCAGUGCGCCAUGGAAGUGCCGGCUGCCCGCGAGUUACUCAAAGAUAUCAACAAACAUUACGGUAUCGAACCCGACCACGCCAGCGACCUGGAUUUAUUCAUCAGUGAAAUCAACGACAAAAUUGCCCAGCUCGACCAAAGAAUCAAACGAGUCAAGCAUGAAAUUGUUAAUAAGGAGUUUGUUGUGUUUGUGAAUACAAUUGAGGACGAAAUUAAUAUGAAACAAACAUUCUACACAGAAAUGGAUCGCGAAUAUUUCCGGCUCCUGCUGCAGGAAAUAACCUUGAAUGAAUACAGCAUCCAGCGGAUAGUCGCCCUGAACCUCAUUGCCCAAUUGAAGCCCAAGCCGUUCAGCAAAAACCAUGCAGAAGAACUGCUGGACGACUGGAUCACUUUGGGUUACUUCCUUGAGGAAGAAAACCUCCUUUACUUUGGUCCGAAGACCCUCGGCGAGUUCUCUGACUUUUUGGCGGAAAACUUCGAAGAUUAUGUGAAAAAGUGUCAGUUGUGCCUGGCUGCUGUGCUGAUGGGAACAAAGUGCGACAAAUGCGAGAAAUUCUUCCAUCGGGAAUGCCUGCGCAGGGCGUUGGCGAAGGCUUUAAAUUGUCCAGCGUGCAAGCAGCCGUGGGAUAAGCCCGUAUGAAAGCCACGGGGGUUUGAUCUCUCCAUAGCAUAGCAAGUGUUCUCGCCGGUGAUUGUGUUGGAAUGAAUUUUUAAU